UUUCUUCAACUGCAGAAAAAGUUGUCUACCUGGUGGUUUUUCAUCUGUCGUUUGUCAUGUUUGUUUGGUCCUAUUGGAAGACAAUUUUCACAUCUCCUGCAUCCCCCUCUAAUGAGUUCUGCUUGUCAAAAGCUGAUAAAGAACAAUAUGAAAAAGAAGAGAGACCAGAAUCCCAGCAGGAGAUUUUGAGAAGAGCUGCUAAAGACUUGCCUAUCUAUACGACAACAGCAUCGAGAGCAAUCAGAUACUGUGAUCGAUGCCAGCUAAUCAAACCUGACCGCUGCCACCACUGUUCUGCAUGUGACAUAUGUGUACUAAAAAUGGACCACCACUGUCCGUGGGUGAAUAAUUGUGUGGGAUUUUCUAACUACAAAUUCUUCCUCCUGUUUUUAAUGUAUUCCUUACUGUACUGUCUGUUUGUUGCCGCUACAGUCUUGCAGUACUUCAUAAAGUUUUGGACAAAUGAAUUGCCAGAUACCCAUGCAAAAUUCCACGUACUAUUCCUUUUCUUUGUGGCAGCCAUGUUCUUCAUCAGCAUACUGUCACUCUUCAGCUACCACUGCUGGCUAGUUGGCAAAAACAGAUCAACCAUAGAAACAUUCCGUGCACCCACAUUUCGAAAUGGCCCUGAUAAAAAUGGCUUUUCUCUUGGAUGCAGCAAAAAUCUGAGGGAAGUUUUUGGAGAUGAAAAGAAGUAUUGGCUGCUCCCUAUCUUUACCAGUUUGGGCGAUGGGUGCAAUUUUCCAACUCGUUUGGUAAUUAUGGAUCCAGAGCAACUUACUGUCUCAAGCCAAAAUGAACCUGCCAAAAGCUCUGGAGCCAAUCAGUCCUUUCCUACUCGACCACUCAGUGAAUCACAAAAUCGAUUACUAGCCAGUGACAGUCAGUGGGUGGAAAGUGGCCCUGAAGAGGAAAAUGUUAAAUCAGGUUUCUGCAACACAUUUUGUGCUUGAAUAUCUCUUAAUUUUGUUUGGAAGAAGUUGAUCAGUAAAAAAUGGAACAUGAACAUUUUAGGAAGAGACAAGAAAUUCACGUUUCUGCACAGUACAAUGGAUUCUUGUAAGCACUAUUGCAGAGCAGGGAAGUUAAGACAGAUGCCUUAAGAUUCUUAAUGUGCAUUUAUGCAACACUGAAUUAUAUACUGCUACCAAAGGGCCAAAUCCUGAAGUGCCCUGCUUGGAUGCACAAGGUCCAGAGUGGGAACUAUGCAUUUCUGUUAUGCUGCAGUGUUGAGGAUAGAUUGCAGAGACUCCUACCUCCUCACGGGCAAACUUCACACCUUAGGCACUGCAGAAGUCACUUCCACAGCAGGUCUCCUGGGUACAGAA